AAGUUAUAUGAAUUUGUAUUUAAGCUUUACAAUGAAGAAGGAACUCGAAGUUCUAUGCAUUAUAUGUUUCAUGAUUUACAACUUGCGUUUCGAGUUAUAUUUUAAAGUGAGAUAGCAUUUAAUUGUUGGUGAACUUUCCAAAAACUCUUCAAGAUGAGUAUUUUAGCCUACAAUGGUGGAGCUAUUAUAGCAAUGAAAGGCAAGAAUUGUGUGGCAAUAGCUGCUGAUCGCAGAUUUGGUAUACAAGCACAAACAAUAACGUGUAAUUUUCAAAAGAUUUUUGAGAUGGGAUCUCACUUAUAUCUUAGCCUGCCUGGUCUUGCUACUGAUACUCAAACUGUAAUGGAAAAGUUAAGAUUUAGACUAAAUCUUUAUGAGUUAAAAGAAAAUAGGAAGAUACAUCCUAAAACAUUUGCGUCAAUGGUAUCAAACUUAUUAUAUGAAAGAAGAUUUGGACCUUACUUUGUGGAGCCUAUCAUUGCUGGAUUAAGUCCAGUUACUUAUGAACCAUUUAUUUGCAAUAUGGAUUUAAUAGGAUGUAUAAGCCCAUCAAAUGAUUUUGUGGUUGGUGGAACAUGUAGUGAACAGUUGUAUGGAAUGUGUGAAUCACUUUAUGAACCAGAUAUGGAACCAGAUGAUCUUUUUGAAACAAUCAGUCAGGCAUUGGUAAAUGCAUGCGAUAGAGAUGCAAUAUCUGGUUGGGGUGCUGUUGUUCAUGUAAUAGAAAAAGAUAAAGUCACAGUCAGAUCUAUCAAGACGCGAAUGGACUAAAUGGACUUUUGAAUACAUGUUUAUAUUAUAUACCAAUAUAAAAUCUCUUAUUAAGAGAUAUAUAUAUUGUUUAAAUAAAUUAAUAAUUUUCAAUAAACGAAAAAUAAAAUCUAAA